AUGAGGUUCCUGCCGCCGCCUCCGCGCCGCCCUCCCUCCCGCCCUCCUUCCCCGCCCUCCGCGCUGGGAGCCGCCGGGCCGCGGCGCAGGGAGCGAGGGGCCGGGCGAGGCGGGCGAGGGCCGGGCGGGCGGGCGCCGGGCCCCGCGGCCGGCACGACGGAGCCCCCGCACGGCCGGCGGCAGCGGUUGGAGGCGGCCCCGGGGCCCCGGCGCGGGAAGCGGCGGCGGCGGCGGGGCGGCGGCGGGGGCAGCGCCAUGGAGCCGCGGGAGGUGAAGGAUCGGAUCCUGGAGAACAUCUCGCAGUCGGUGAAGAAGCAUCCCCCUGGUUAGAAGACAGAAUUCAUGGUCACUUCACAAGCAAGCCAGAAUUGACCUUCCCCACAUCCGUUUGAAUUCCUGGCUCACCUGAAACUGGGAUACAUAGGAUAUUCUGGUGAAAGAGACUCAGAUCACUUUCAUUACUUCAGGAAUCCAAAGGAAAUAAUUAGAGCGACCACAACAUGGACACUAACAUCCCGCCCCCCCCCACCACAAAGUACACACUUAAAUUCCAUAAAAACAACAGAGGAAACCAUUUUACUUUCUGCAAAGAUCAUCUUCUCUUCCAGGCUUAAAAAGAAAGGCAAGGGGGCAUGGGUCGGUAGCGCAGCAUGUUAUGCACUCAUGGCGCAAAGGAUCCCGGUUCGAGCCCCCGGCUCCCCACCUGCAGGGGAGUCGCUUCACAGGCAGUGAAGCAGGUCUGCAGGUGUCUGUCUUUCUCUCCCCCUCUCUGUCUUCCCCUCCUCUCUCCAUUUCUCUCUGUCCUAUCCAACAAUGACAACAUCAAUAACAACAACAAUAAUAACUGCAACAACAAUAAAAACAAGGGCAACAAAAGGGAAAAUAAAUAAAUAAAUAUAAGAAAAAAAAAGGCAAGGACUGGAGAGAAAAUGUAAUGGUUGUGUAGAAAGACUUUGAUGCCUGUGAGACACCAAAGGUCCCAGAUUCAAUCCCCAGCACCACCAUAGACCAGAGAUGAACAGUCUUCUGGUAAAUUAAUAAUAAUAGUAAUAGUAAUAAUAAUAAUAAUGUAAGGAAAGAAAAAAACAAUUCAGAUGCACGUACUAAAACACUCCGCUAAAAGCACAACGGAAAAUAUCGCAAGGUUUUGUCUAGUGUUCCUCAGCUGUUGCAGGGGUAGAAUUUUAGUCUGCUAAUGAGUGCAGAAAAGCAAACACUUGGUUAAAAAGCUACAGCUCUUCUUUUGCAAUGGAAGAGGAAACUGCCGACCUUUCUGACCUGAUCGGGGCCAGUUACGGCUGUCACAGCUGCAGGUAGGCCGAGCGUUCUGUCUUUAAAUUUCCAACCAAAAGGGAAGGGCCAGGCUGAAGGAGGGUGGGCACUGGGCACUGGGCAAAAACACAUCUUUCAAGGCAGAGGGCGGGCCUGUGCGGCUGACCGCCAUGUAUGACGGAGUCUGAUGCUCUUAUCAGGAUGGUUAAACUUGUGUGUAUUUGGACAGCGUAAUUGAUUGAGCUGUAAGGCACCCUCGAGGUUAUAAGUAGGAUACUACAAACUGGAAGCCUGUCCCUGGGCACAUUACAGCUAAAGGCAUGACUGGCAUCGUGGUCAGAAGCAUGGGUCCUGGGGCCUAGGAGGUGAUGCCGUCUGUGGGUGAGGUGAUGGAUUCUCCAGCAUAAGGUCCUUAGUUUAAUCCCUGACAUUGUAAGUGUCAGAGUGAGGCUCUGAUUCUCUCUUUGAUAUAUAUAUAUGUAUAUAUAUAUAUACAUAUAUAUAUAUAUUGCCCCCAGGGUUAUUAUUGGGGCUUGGUGCCUGCACUAUGAAUUCACUGCUCCUGGAGGCCACUUUUAUCAUUUUGUUGCCCUUGUUGUUGUUGUUGUUAUUUUUUUUUAAUUUUUAAAUUUUCUUUAUUUGUUUAUUGGACAGAGACAGCCAGAAAUUGAGAGGGAAGGGGUUGAUAGAGAGAAAGAGAGAGUGAGACACCUGCAGUCCUGCGUCACCACUUGUGAAGCUUUCCCCCUGCAGGUGGGGAGUUAUUGUUAAUUGCUGUUGUUGUUGUUGGAUAGGACAGAGAGACAUGGAGAGAGGAGGGGAAGACAGAGAGGGGGAGAGAAAGACAGAAGACAGACA